AUGGUUUUUCUUAAAGCAAUUCAAACAUCGUUCACUCCUAUCCAUCAUCUUGUCCACAAAAGAGAGUACUUUCAGAGACGACGGGUUGUCCUGUCCCUCAGCAAGUCCAAUGAUUCGGAUAAUUCAGAUUCAGAGGGUAAGGCACCUGAAGGAGAUACUCGUAAGCAGGAGCUUCUUGCCAGAAUUGCAAUGCUUCAAACCCAAAAAGUCCGUCUCACUGAUUACUUGGACGAAAGAUCAGAAUAUCUGACCCAGUUUGCUGAAGAAGCCAAUGCUGAAAUUGACCAGAUAGGAGAAAAUGCCCUCAGAGAAUUGGAUGAAGCCGGAGCCAGGAUAAUGGAAAAUAUUGAGAGCCAGAUGCAAGCCUUUGAAGAAUCUGCGGAGUCGAACAAAUUGGAGAUUGAGAAGAAUGAACAAACGGUAACAGACUUUGAAGACCAAAUUCAUAGAGACAGAAAUGAAGGGCUGUUCUUCAAAAACUUGAAACCCAAAACACCAAUUGAAGUAGAAAAAACCAAGGAAGAAACAGAUAAAAUCAGGGAGCUUACCAAAAAGAAUGCUGGUUCAGUAACUAGAAGGAACAUUUACCUUGCACUGAUUGGCUUAGUAGUCAUUGGCAUCAUUGAAGCCUCAAUCGAUCCAUCCGACUGGCGGAAAGCCGCAGUUCUCGGGAUUAUUUUAGUCGGUUUGCUUUCUCAACUCAUCUACGAACAGAAUGCCAACGAAGAAAACAAGUGA